CUCCUUCUUCCCUCCACUAUCCACUCCCCUCGCCUUAAACCCAUGCUGCUCCCCUCCUCCUCCUAACCCCCACCUCCAGGCCACAGGCCAUAUCCAUGGCCACCUCCAUCCCUCGCGCUCCGCCACCCAAUCCUCACCACAACCACCUCCUCCACCGGCCACCGACCCUAACCCCCCUGCUCCGCCUACGCCUGCCGUUUCGCCGCCCCUCCGCGGCCGCGGUCACCUCCACGGCGACGGCCGCCGUGGCCCACGACGACAUCUCCCAGCUCAACCACCGCCUACGCGCGCUCGUCCGCCGUCGCGAUGCCGCUUUCGCUGCCUCGUCCCCCAUUGACCCCGCCCAGGCGGAGGCCUACCUCCACAUGAUCCGCGAGCAGCAGCGCCUCGGCCUCCGCCAGCUCCGCCGGGAUGCGGCUGAUCCGAAAGAGGAUAGAGACGGCGGAAGCGACGAGGAGGUCGAGGAAGAGGGCGGCAGAAGGAGGAAGGGCAUGGCGGCCGGGAGCUCGUUGGGGCACCGGGUGGAUCCGCGGGAGCUGGAGCCCGGGGAGUACGUCGUGCACAAGAAGGUUGGCGUCGGCAAGUUCGCCUGCAUAAGCGGAGAGGACGGCGAGGACUAUGUGUUCAUUCAGUAUGCUGACGGCAUGGCCAAGCUCGCCGUCGACCAGGCCGCGCGCAUGCUCUACAGAUACAACCUUCCUCAUGAGAAAAAGAAGCCACGGAAUCUGAGCAAGCUGAAUGAUCCCUCUACGUGGGAGAAGAGGAGGCUGAAAGGGAAGCUUGCUGUUCAGAAGAUGGUUGUCAACUUGAUGGAAUUAUAUUUACAAAGGAUGAGGCAGAGGAGAACGCCGUACCGCAAGCCUGUGGCAAUGGAUCAGUUUGCUGCUGAAUUUCCUUACGAGCCUACCCCAGACCAAAACCAGGCUUUCGUGGAUAUUGAGAAUGAUCUGACUGAAAGGGAAACACCAAUGGACAGAUUGAUCUGUGGAGAUGUUGGAUUUGGUAAAACGGAAGUUGCAAUGCGUGCUAUAUUCAUUGUUGUAUCUGCAGGAUAUCAAGCUAUGGUUCUUGCACCAACUGUAAUACUAGCCAAUCAACACUAUGAUGUAAUGUCUGAGCGUUUCUCUAACUAUCCUGAUAUAAAGGUUGCCAUAUUUAGUGGUGCUCAGAGCAAGGAAGAAAAGGAUGGGCUAAUAACACAGAUUAAGAAUGGCCAUUUGCAAAUAAUUGUUGGGACUCAUGCUCUUCUUACAGAACGGAUGGGCUAUAACAAUCUUGGUCUCUUAGUGGUGGAUGAGGAACAGAAGUUUGGUGUCCAACAAAAGGAGAAGAUUGCAUCAUACAAGGCUUCUAUUGAUGUUCUUACCCUCUCCGCAACUCCCAUUCCACGAACUCUAUAUCUUGCUUUAACUGGUUUUCGCGAUGCAAGUUUGAUGUCUACACCACCUCCAGAAAGAGUUGCUGUCAAGACCUAUGUGUCAGCAUUUAGUAGAGAAAGAGCUCUAUCAGCUAUCAAGUUGGAGUUGAAGCGUGGUGGCCAAGUUUUCUAUGUUGUUCCCCGAAUAAAAGCCAUAGAUGAUGUAUUGCAAUUUCUCAAGGACUCUCUUCCAGAUGUACCAAUGGCUGUUGCACACGGAAAGAAAGUGUCAAAGAAUAUACAACUUGCUAUGGAAAAGUUUUCUUGUGGAGAUAUAAAGAUUCUUGUAUGCACACAUAUCAUUGAAAGUGGAAUAGAUAUUCCAAAUGCCAACACAAUGAUAGUUCAGUACGCAGAACUAUUUGGUCUCGCCCAGCUAUAUCAGUUGCGAGGAAGAGUAGGAAGAUCAGGCAGAGAGGGUUAUACAUACCUCUUCUACACUGACAAGUCUUUGCUCUCCAGAAUUGCUAUGGAUAGACUUGGAGCUAUUGAAGAGCAUUCAGAUCUGGGUCAAGGUUUCCAUGUUGCAGAGAAGGAUAUGGGUAUUAGGGGAUUCGGAAGCAUGUUUGGUGAGCAGCAAUCUGGAGAUGUUGCAAACGUUGGCAUCGAUCUGUUCUUUGAUAUGCUUUUUGAUAGCCUGUCAAAGGUUGAUCAAUUUUGUCUUAACCCUGUUCCUUACAAAGAUGUUCAGCUGGAUAUAAAUAUUUCGCCACAUCUCUCCUCUGAAUACAUAAGUUAUCUUGAAAAUCCUGUUGAAUUGCUGAAUGAAGCAGCGAAAGCUGCAGAAAAGGACAUAUUGACCUUAAUGCAAUUUACAGAAGAUCUUCGUCGACGAUAUGGGAAGGAGCCCCGUGAUAUGGAGUUGCUAUUAAAAAAGCUCUAUGUCAGGCGGAUGGCAGCAGAUCUUGGUAUCAGUCGGAUAUAUCCAUCUGGGAAAAUGAUCAUCAUGAAAACAAACAUGAAUAAGAAAGUUUUUAGGCUUAUGGCAGAAGCAAUGGCUUCUGGGACACAUCGGAAUUCCCUAUCAUUCACUGGAAAGGAAAUUAAGGCUGAACUUCUGGUCAAUCUGCCAGACACACUACUUCUGAACUGGCUUUUCCAUUGCUUAGCAGAUUGCUAUUCAGUAAUGCCAGCCCUUGUGAAGUACUAGAUUGUUUCAUUAAACUGGAGGUGUUGACAACUGCUAAAAUCUCAAGCAGACUAUUCAUGCUCUGCAAAAUGAUAAAGCAGACUUCAAUCAAUCAGCAAUGGAUGCUCCCUUGUGGUGGCAUUUCAGGCAAAUGCGUGGCAGUGAUAUACAGCAUUCUUUAAGAAAACCCAUAGAAGUGUAGUGUGACAGAUUAUACCGACACAAAAAUUGGAUGCUCAUAGGAAAGGCGUGAACUGCAUUUCCGCAUUUACUGACAGUUUCAUUUGGCUAGCAAUGGCUGAUGGGACGCACAACUGCUAGCCUGAAAUGCUGUUCGUCGUGGGUGUUACAAAACUCAGGUUCAGAUGCUCCCAUGCAGAGAAGAUCUCCAAGAUUCUUCUCGGGACCUUGUGACUGAGGAACUCGGUGUUGCUUGACUAACUGGUACACAGUGUUAUUCACUUACCCAUUUGCCAUAAACCAUUUACGGAGGAACUCACAGAAGCGCCAGUUGGCCAGUUAUUGUACAUGCCUGUCCAAGCUGGCAGGCAGCAGAGUGGGACAGUAGUUUCGUUAAACGAAGUUGUAAAAACACUUCAGCUGAGAACUGCGCUUCUGAUUCAGUUUGUUGCAAGUUAGCAUUAAUGGACUGGAUAUGUAUAUAAGAUGAUCAAAGGCACAGGUAUAUCUGCCCUGUAUGCCUCACAUCUUGCAAAAGUGGCUCCAGUGCAUGAGGAUUUGAAAUGUGUAUCUGUAUUAUUGUUUGAA